AUGCGUACCUUUUAUAAGCAGGGCAGUUUGCAGUUCCCUUUCAUUCAUCCUUCUUCUGCUCUCCGUUUUCAGCAUAGUUCCUACUUCUGGGGCCUGCCAGACAGCCCGGAAGUCCACAUCCAGCAGGUCGACCCGGGCAAUGAGUCUGUUCGCAGAAUCUUUCCCGACUAUUCCCCCAAGACUUGGGCAGCCGUCCUCGACACCGCUAUCGAAUGUCUGAACAAGGUCUACGGCCAAAUCGAGCAUCCCGCAUCUGACUCCGAGGAGAAGUACGUCACGGAGGUCGUCCUGUCCCAGGAGCUAGCAGCCUGGCGCGAGGAGCAGCAUCAAGCCGGCCGCAAGCUCCGCAGCAAAGGACAGGGGUUGGCGCGAAUUUCUGACACUGUCAGCGGCAUCUUGAACGUGGGAGACUGGCCACCCUGUUUGCUUGCAUCUUCGGCCUUCUACGGCUGCUUCUUCACCAACAUGUUGAUCGGCGCCCACGACCCCUACCUCCUCUACUCCAACUACUGCACCGACAUGGGCUUCUUCAUCGAGCACGGAUACCACCACGUCUUCCCGGAGUUCAGCAGAAUUCUCUAUGCCGAGAUCGCGAGCCCUAGAGCGCGGGAAACCCUGGGUGGCAAUGAGCGUCGUGACAUGACCGCACUGGGCCUGAUCUAUACCAGAUACAAAGUGGCACUGGCGGAGAAGCACGCGAAGAGUCUGACCAGCAAGACCGCCCGGGUGUCGCGGGAUGAGCUCCUCGCCGUGAUGCUCUGCGAGUCCGGUAUUCUGGGCAUGGCCGCGGAGGUGGAAUCACCCUGGCUCCCGCAUGUGCGCCGUCUUGAUGAGCUGGCACAUCCAGAACGAUAG